UCUGAAUAUUAUAAAGAAAGUAAUUUAAUUAUUUAAAAACAUGAUUUACUAAAAGAAUCGGUAUCUUGAUCAAUCGAUAUCAACACAUGCCUAGUUUAUGGUGUCAAAAGUAAAACGCCUUUCCAUUGCUGUGAUUGGUUGUUCUAUAUUAUUUCUCCUUGUUUUGCCAAUAUGGCGCUUCUUGUGUUAUGAGAUGACAACAUCGCAGUUUGUGUCCUAUUUGUCAUUAUAUGUAAAAAAUCAACAAUAAUUAUCUACCUCACAAGUUCAAAGAAUAUCGGUAAUUGUAAUUAUAGUAUAAAUUUACGUCAUGCGCGUUUCAUCAAUUGUGGACACCCACGAAUGCGUCUAUGAGAAAAGUGCUUAGCUCCCGUAAAAAUGGCGGGUGUGUUAUCUUUAUGGGUUGUGUUUUCGUUCCAAUCCAAGAAAGUUAUGGAUUCUUUAUAAAAGUGUUUUUAUAAUCAAAGAAAAUCAGAUCGGCAUACGUGACGAAAUCUUAGUACGGCAUGUGGUAUUUGUUGUUUUGACACUAGACGUGACUGGAUUGAAAAGAAGGUGCAAUAGUCAUCUUUUUUGAUGAAAUUAUCAGUAUGUCGCGCUGGGGCAGAGGCCGAGCAGGCAGCGUUGCCGUGCCCUUGGAUAGUGCUUUAUUUAGAGAAAAUAGUAAUUGCCCAUCUGCAGCACGUUCUGCGGGCACUGUGGGUAAAUGGGGUAUCACCAGCUUCACUUCUAUUCGAAGCGCUCCGUAUGCAUAUGCCAAUAAUAUCCUCAAAAAGCCUGUACAAGAUCAGAACAGCCCACUAACAGUACCAGCGGUUGAGACUGAACAACCACCUCCAAAACCCAAGAAAUUCUUCAAAUCACGAAAUGCUGAACCAUACCCUCCAGUUCCACAAAUCACUUAUGCCCCACCAGUGCCUGCAGCGCCAUUAUCACCAGAACAUCCUUCUAACAGUAAAGAAAAGAAAACUAAUAAAAGAAGUCGAGUGUAUAACAGAGAUUCUUCAUCACCAGAACUACCUAGGCGUAGUUUUGAGAAAACUAAGGCAAAGAAAAACUCUGUGGCUACCAAGGCAUCCCGCAAAGAGGAUCCUACAUCACAAAAUGCACAGCCACCUAAUAAACGCUAUUUGGUUCGCAAUCGUGAUAAAGUAAUCAACUAUGCAGAAGAUGGUAGCAAUAGUCCAAUACCUGAAUUCACAAGUCGUUAUGAACCUCUUAUUCCUAAAGUCAAUACAUCACCUAAGGUACCAUCUCCUAAACCAAGUCCAGUGAUAAGUAGUCCAAAUCCUAUAAAGGCAGAUGUAGUAAGUCCAUCAACGAGUAAGGCAGCAAGUGAAGAGAGAAAACCACCUCCUAUUGUGCUUAGAAUAUCAAAAGGAACUUCUAGAAUUGUUAGUACAGAUUCCAAUGAGGGAUUAACAUCACCUAGCUCUGAUAGACACUCUUCUAUGGAUGUACAUUCUGAUUUUGGCUCGGAUCACAAGAAGAGUCCUUCAGUGGAGACAAUAUGUUCUCCUAAGCAUGAGGGUCUCAAAAUAACAAUCAAAUGUUCCUCUCUUAACCAGGAGACUAAAAAGGAAAAGAAAAAAGAGAAAAAGGAACACAAAUCACAUAAACGUCAUCACAAAAUUGUUGAAGAAGACAUUGGUAAGAAAGUUACAUCUCCACAACCAGGAACAGACACUUAUGACCUUUAUAAAACUCUUGCAUCACCAUCACAGGAGAGUAGCAGUAAAGUAACUAGUAAAACGCCAGCAUUUGAUGAUAUUGAGUCACAAUUGGAGAAACUUGAUUCUACAGGUCCAGUGUCAAAGUCUCCUAGACUAGAGGUACAACCUAAAGAACUUCCUCCAGAACCUAAACCACCAGAAAGUUCUUCUGGCAGAUCAAGGAGAAAUAGGCCCAAUAUUAACUAUAGUGAAAAUGACGAUUUCUUAGAUGCUAUUACAACGAGUUAUUCAAAUAAGCAAACAAUUAAGACAGUAAAUGAUCUUAAAAGAGAAAGUAGACGAGGUAAAAAGAAGCAAGAUGCAACUGUUACUGAUGUUACUCAACCUCCUCAAUCUACACCAGAGCACACAGACACCAAUCAAGAAGUUGAAAAAGAACUAGAGAGUAUGGAAAAGAAACAUGAUUUGAUUGACAUGCUUUCUGGCAGUGAAUCUAAACUAACUGAUACUCUGAAAGUAAAAAUUCAUAAAAAGCACAAAAAUAAAAACUCAAGCCCAGAUUACAGUGUAGAACUGCCACAUGAAAAUAACAUUCAAACAGAAAUGGACACAGAACAAGAAGAAAUAGAUAGAAAUUUAAUAUAUGAACAACAAGAAAAUGCAGAAGAAAACUCACAGGAAAAUACUAAUGAAGAGCAGUUUCAAUUUCAGCCUACUACACAAUCUUCAGAUUCUGCAUACAAUAGUUGCCCUAAUGAUGCCCUAGAAGAUGACUCUCAAAAGAAUCAACAAGAUGAAGUGUUUAAAUCACCCCAAGGGAUGUGUGAAUCAGAGGAACAUCCUGAAGACAAACCUAGUGUAAAGUUAGUGAUUACAAAGAAAAAGGGCUCUAUAUUCAAAAGCAAAUCACUAGUUAAUGAUAAUCCAUCUCCAUUACCAGCACGUAAAAGGCGUCAUUUAUAUAGACAUGAGUGGGCUAAUGAUAAAGGGAAUGAGACUCCUAGACCAGAACAGCCUGACAAUCCAGAAACACCUGCCAUUACAAAUCCAGUACCUGAACAGUUAACACGAGUGACAAGAUAUAAGGCACCAGAUCCCAUCACUGACCUUGAUAAUACUGAACCAGUUAAACCUUACACUAGUGUCAAAUGUGCUAAGGAGGCUAAAGAGUUCUACACUGUUGUGAGAAAUGUGAAGAAAGCACAUCAGAUACAAGAAAUAGGAGAGUUCCAAGAGUUGAAUGAUGAUGUAGAAUAUCUGCUGGAUGCUUUACAGGAUAACAAUCCAAUGUCAACUCGAUGUUUAUCAGCUAUCACGCUCGCAAGUAAGUGCACAGCACCGGCGUUCCGCAUGCACCUUCGGGCUCAUGGCAUUGUGCAGAAAUUUUUCAGUGCUCUGCAUGACGCCACCAAUGACCAGAGCUUAGGUCUUUGUACUGCUACGGUGAUGUUUGUGCUGUCACAAGAUCGACUUAAUAUGGAUCUGGACCGUGAAUCACUGGAGCUUAUGUUAAAUCUACUCGAGUCUGAUGUUUCUCAUAAGAACGCUCUUGAUGAUUGUGGCCUUACAUCAGCACAACUCGCAAAAACGCAGGAACGUGUCAGAGAGCUCUGUGCUGAAAUUAAGAGCCAAGGAAAGGCGCAGCAUCUAGAUCUGGAUAAUAUUACUGUAAGUAGAUAAAAUUGUAUGAUGGUUGUUAAUGAAAAUUAUCUAAAAUAAAAUAAACAAGAACAUAUGUAUAAAUUAAAAGAUUUGCUCAAUGACAUCACAAUAACAUAUAUUAUAGAGAAUUUAUUUUAUAAAAUUACUAGUAUAAAGUAAAAAAACAUACUCCCUUGUUUAUAAAAUGGUUUAUUGUUUGCGUACAAAGUUGUGGGUUAUUGUAUUUUUUUUUUCUGUAAAAUGUCAAUUUUUAGCUUUCGAUUUUUUUUUAGCACAAUUUUUUUCUUUCGGAAAACAAAAGAAUAAACAUAAGUAUGUACAAGGGUCCAUUUAACUGUUGCCAACUCUCAAGCUCUAUUUUCAACCCUUGCAAGGAAUAUAUCGCAAUUCUGGUCACCUGUAUAAACCAACAGAUUCAAAUAACUAUUUGAUUUACUAUUUAAAUAGGUGGGCCAUCUAGCGAUGGAAACACUCCUCUCCCUGACAUCUAAACGGGCCGGCGAGUGGUUCAAAGAAGAGUUGCGAGUGUUAGGAGGUGUAGAUCAUAUAGUACGCACUAUACAAGAUUGCGCGAACCGAUUAGAGACUCCGGCCUCUUCAUGGACCAAUGCGGACGUCGAUGUCCUCAGGAAGGCCGAUCGUUGCAUGCGAGUCUUGGAGAACGUGAGUAUAUAAUUUAACUUUAACGCUAUACAGUCUUAACAAUAUAAUUAACACUGGCAUAAAAAUUGUUAAUGAAAUAUUACCAAACACUUAUCGUGCAAUGAGGAAGUAUUAAUAAAAAAAAAUGUUCUCGAAAUAAAACUAGAUGUCGCUACGGUACAUUCUUGAUGCUCCAUGAUAACCUUACCGGUUUUCUUUCAAGUUUAAAAGUAAAUUAGUUUUCAAAACUGAAUAAACAAAUAUCAAUUUGUACUUUUUCAUAUUAGUAUG